UGCCUAUGUGUCUGGCAUCAUUCGGGCAGCUGCCGCCGAUGCGAUCGGUUGUGUAUAUUUUAUAUAUAUAUACAACAUACAUAUACGCCAAUUAAUUCAACAUUUGGAAUCUAGUUUGUCAGCAUGGGCUGUACUUCCGGUUGCUUUAAGUGUUUCCUCAACAUUCUCAACACGCUCUAUGCGCUCUUUGGCCUGUUGAUAAUAGGUAUUGCCACGCUGAGUCUGAGCCAGGCGCCGACUGCAUAUAUUAUCUAUCUGUAUGUCAUUGGCGGGGUUCUGUUUGCAUCGUCUAUUAUCGGCUGCUGUGGCAUCUGCCAGGAGAGUGUGUGCCUGACCACAACGUAUGGAUUCAUCUUGUUGGCCUUGCUGAUUGUGCAAUUGUUUGGCUUGUUUGGGAACAGCUUCGAUGAGGAUUACAUUAAACGCUAUGCGGUCGAAGAUGUCGAUGUCAAAUGGAAACUGGAGAUGAUCGAGCCCGGUGCCAUGGAUAAAAUACAGCGUACCUACCAGUGCUGCGGACGCAAUGGACCCGAUGACUAUGUGAGCAUCGAUCGUCCUACAUUGCCGGACAGUUGCUAUCCCGAUGGCAAACGCAAUAUACCCUAUUUUACCACGGGCUGCGUAAAUGCCGCUGCCGAUGAAUUCUUGAGAUUCUUUAAUUAUGCUGAUAAUAGUAAAUGGGGCUCAUUUGCAGUUACGGCUCUCUUGUGCUUCUGUACUUUCUAUUUGGUGCAACGUUUUCGCAAGGAACGCCAAAGAUACACGUAUCAUUAUUAAAACGAACUGAUUUUCAAGCUCGUUCACAAACGCAAAAAGUGUAUAUUUUAACUGUCUGUCCGCCAGUCUGAAUGCAAAUUUUAUUGCAAGCUAAGGACUUGAAUUUUGUAGCCAGUCCCCACUAGGCACACUACAGACUCUAUGUAUCCCAACCUUUAUAACAUAGAUCUCCUAUAGAGAUCUAAACAUAAAUCUGUAUCUUCCUUGGAUUAACAAAGCUUGAAGACCGAUAGGAAAAUCGUCAGAAUCGAUAACAUUACAAAAAUAUUCUCAAUUUUGGAGUGUGAACGAGCAUUAAGCAGUCGGUUACAGCCGACUGCCGAAUUCUUAUUUGCUUAUUGUGUUAAAUUGUCUCAAAUAUUUACAACUUUUCGAAUUGGAAUAUAAUUUUUCAAAAAAUUUGUCAACAUUAUUUUUAGACAAUUACAAAUAAACUGCUGAUGGUAGUAAAUGCA